UCUACUAAUAGGAAAAUGAUGCAGCUUUUGCUUUUUUCAGUAGUUGUUGUAUCUCUGAGUACACUGGUAAUUGCCUCCUGUUCAAGCAAUGGACGGAUGCCAACACCAUCAGAUUCAGGUGUAGCUGUAACAUACACUGUUUGGGGAAGAAAGUAUUGUCCACAUACAAAUUCAAGUCUUGUUUAUUCUGGUUAUGCUGGAGGCAGCUACUAUGACCAUCUAGGAGCUGCAGCAGACUAUUUAUGUCUGCCUCCGGAUCCCAAUUAUCGAAAAACAACGUACAGUGGGCAGCAUGGAGAAGUUUAUGGUGGGGAAUACGAUAGCCCUUUCGUACCAAAUGGAGACGGCAAUGACGUCCCUUGUGCUGUAUGUAGGAGAAAUGGAGUUUCUACUGUUCUUAUGAUACCGGGCAAAGAUACUUGUUAUAGAGGGUGGAACAGAGAAUAUUAUGGAUACUUAAAUGCUCAUCAUUACUCGUUUCGUGCAGCAACAUCGUUUGUUUGCUUGCAUGUUUACCCUCAAUUUGUUACUGGAGGUAGUCGUAACUAUGAAGGGAAAUUGUUUCAGCCGGUGGUGGGGAUUUGUGGUGCUCUUCAGUGUCCACCAUAUGUGAAUAAUUAUCCAUUGACAUGUGUUGUCUGUACCAAGUAAAUUCACAAUGAUACUUUUUAAAUUUAAUAAAUAUGCAUCUGAUU